AUGUGGCCGUUUUCAUCGUCGAGCGAGCGCGCUGCGCCGCCGGCCACGGCCGACGUGCCUGCGUCGAACGAUGCGACAGAGUAUCUGCGCACACACUCUUUUGAAAAAAGCGCGCCUGCGGAUGCUGCGACGCAUCAGGAAGCGCCCACGGCGGCAGGUCUGCUGCGCAACACGGCCCUGGACCCUGCCAAGCUGCACCCCUUUGCCAACAUCAAGGACGACCUGGAGUACCUCGACUUUGACGAGGGAAAGCCGAUUGAGGGCGGCAAAACGCUGAUACAUACCAACAACUUCACAGACGCGCUGUGCUAUGGCACAGGCACGACAUAUGCCGGUGGCCUGGCUCUGGGUGCUUUGGUGGGUCUGCGUGAAGGCAUGACGCGCCCGCUUGGCGUUGACUCACCGACGUUCCGCCUGCGCAUGAAUGCGAUUCUGAAUCAGGUAUCGCGCCGCGCCUCGCUUUUGAGCAACAGCGGCGGCGUGCUGGCCAUGACAUAUAAUAUCUUCGACGGCACGAUUGACUACUACCGCGGCAAGCACGAUAUAUGGGGCAGCGUCGCCGCAGGUGCGCUGACCGGUGCCAUGUUCCGAUGCACGGCCGGCGUGCGCUCGAUGCUCGUGUCGAGUACCAUCAUGAUGGGCGUCGCGGCUACGUGGACGGCAUGUAAACAGUCUUUCCUAUAG